UGUAUUUCUCUUCCACUAUGAACAGACCAACUCUGCUGCACAGCUCUAUGACUUUCUGUAGCAUUCUCUUCCUCAUCUUAGCCACACAAUGUCUAGCUUUCCCAAAAGUGGAAAAGAGGGAGAUAGCACCUGCUUAUGCGGAUACACAGCAGUCCCAGAAGAUUAGCACAGGUGACACAGAAAACACCUUCUUUGCUCCAAAGCACAUGUCCCAGCCGAUGUCCUCUGACGCUCCUAUGGUACUGUCUGCAGGAUCAUCAGUGAUGCAAUUAAAUAAAGUAUUCUCUGUCAAUAAAGAACACCAUCAUUCAGGAGCUGGGUUUCUGAAUCCUAACUUCCCUGAUGUUCACUCUUCCAGUGAGCCAUUGGUCUCAGCCAGUGAAGAAGGGCAUGGUCCCAGUCAGCUUGAAAGGAUGUCUCCUGAACACAGACUUUCCAAGGCCAUGGCAAUCACUGCUGCCUCAUCAUCUACUUCUCUUAAUCCUCACCAGGAGGGACCACAUAGCAGUUCUAGCAUCCAGCCCAUUAUAGAAGGAAUCACAGAUGUAACAGGUGACUUCCUGAAGUAUGUGGAUAAUCAGUUGUUUGCUACUGAAAGUCAGGAAGCAGUUAGCUUGGGAAAUAUGCCUUCGUCCUAUAUAAAUACUAAAGAAAUGCUACCUGACAAUCCAAGAACUGAGAAAGAGGAAACAUAUGCAUCCAAGGGGAUGACUGCCAUUCCUGGUGUUGAUUCCACAACAGACACAGAGCCUGAUGGGAAGACUCCCACAGAGAGCCCACAUGGCAUAUCCCAGACCACUGCCGCCACACACACCCUUGAAGAUAUCUUGAAUAUUGAGCCAACAGCUGACAGUCUUCUGGGGAACCUCAAGGUCACAGUGAGUGUCAGCACAGCUGUUCCAAUUUCUUCUGUCUCAAAUGAUGAGUGGGGUGACACCAAAUUUGAAAGUGUAAGUCAGACAAGGACCACAGAUUCGGCAGACAAGGCAGAGACUCAAGUGAGUACGGAGCCCCCACAUAAAACACAUGAGAGCUUUGAAGGUACUGAGGAUACCCUUACUUCUACAGACAUUAACAAGGUGGCUUCAGGGCUGCCUGAAGGAGAAACACCCUUGGGGACAGCCCUGAUAAUUGCACUGAAGGAAGUGAGAUCACCAGCUUUUACCCACCAAGUUCCCUUUACUUCCACGAGUCUGACAGAAGACCCUGAAGUUUCCACUAUGAACCUGUUCCGAAGUGCUGGAGGCUUCACCACAUCCUCUUUGGAGGAUAGGAGCAUGCUUUUCUCAAAAACCAUGGUUUCUACCUCUCAAUAUGAGUCCGACACACAUCCAGCAGUAGGAAAUAAGUUAAAAGACAUCACUCAAGAAUUGGCAAUGGCCACAGGAGAACCAGACCCGACAUUACCCUUGCUGACACAAGACCGUAUUGAGGGUCCCAGAGGCAGUGGGGAGCCUGAAGAAGGCAUGCCAUCCCCAUCUCCCAUGUCUGCUGAUGUGGAUGCCACUGAGCCGUCCAGACAAUGGGAGUCUCUGGCCACUCCAGCCUCCACCACUGUUGUCCCUUUGCCUCUCGGAGUUACCUCUUCUAUGGGAGACCUGAUGGAUACAAUCACUGGGCCAAAUGAGGACUUCAUACCCAUUUUGAGCUCUCCAAUGACACCCCCUGCAAUGACUAUGGAAGCUCCUACCAUUUCUCCAGUAUUUCCAUCUGAGGGAAGAACUAUUCUGUCUACCAACCACCCAAAUACAGCUGCAUCCUAUGGCCUGGAACAACUUGAAUCUGAAGAGGUAGAAGAUGAGGAGGAUGAGGAGGAUGAAGAAGAUGAAGAUGAAGAGGAGGAGGAAGAUGAGGAAGACAAAGAAGCAGAUACCUUGUAUAAGGACUUUGACGGUGAUACUGAGCUGCCAGGGUUUACUCUCCCUGGAAUCACAUCCCAGGAACCUGAUAUAGAGCCAGGAAGCAUGGCCCUACUGGAGGUAGCAACUUACCAGGUGCCAGAAACCAUGGAGUGGGAACAGCAGAAUCAAGGUCUAGUGAGAAGUUGGAUGGAAAAGCUGAAAGACAAGGCUGGUUACAUGUCUGGAAUGCUGGUGCCUGUUGGGGUAGGGAUAGCUGGAGCCUUGUUCAUCUUGGGAGCACUCUACAGCAUUAAGGUUAUGAAUCGUCGAAGAAGAAAUGGCUUCAAAAGACAUAAAAGGAAGCAGAGAGAAUUCAACAGCAUGCAAGAUAGAGUGAUGCUGUUAGCCGACAGCUCUGAAGACGAAUUUUGAAAUGAACUUGGGUUUAAUGCAAUGAGAUUAUUGCUUUAUUUUUUAUUUGGGAGCAAAA